AUGAAUGCUCUCCAAAGUCCAAACGUCGUCGUUGAAAUACAUUUGCUUGUUUAUCAAACGCGCGGCGGCGGAGGGUGGCAGAGUCAACCACCGAAGGAGAAAGAAAAGCUGAAGAAACCGUCACAGAGAAGUGGCAGUGAGUGAGCGAGGUGCAACUGUACAAGUACAAUGUGCGGUGACGCCACCAACUGGGACGAAGAUGCGUACAGAGAAAGCAUCCUGAAGGAGCGUGAGAUUCAAACGCAAACCGUUUUCCGAACCGCCUGGGCUCCUCCGCAAACCCCUAACCUCCACUCUCUCAUCGCCGCAUCCAGCGACGGUUCCAUCGCCGCAUACUCCAUCUCCGCCUAUAACCUCAACAAUCCGAUUGGUUCUGUCAAAAGUGAUACAGAUGAGUUAUUUGCUGAACCGGAUUGUAUCUUUAAAGCGCAUGAUGGACCGGCGUAUGAUGUCAAAUUCUAUGGUGAUGGUGAAGAUGCUCUGUUGCUGAGUUGUGGUGAUGAUGGUCGGGUUCGAGGAUGGAGAUGGAAUGGCCUUACAAGCUCAAAUUGUUCUGGUUCUUCGCUAGGAAAUGAUAUCAAGCCUGUACUUGAUGUGGUAAAUCCUCAGCAGAAAGGUCCUUGGGGUGCACUUUCACCUAUCCCUGAGAAUAAUGCUAUUGCUGUUAAUACUCAGGGGGGAUCUAUUUUUGCUGCUUCUGGUGAUUCCUGUGCAUAUUGUUGGGAUGUGGAAACUGGUAAAUUAAAAAUGGUAUUCAAGGGGCACUCAGACUACUUGCAUUGUAUAGUUGCUCGCAACACUUAUAAUCAGAUUAUAACAGGGUCAGAGGAUGGGACCGCACGAAUUUGGGAUUGCAAAAGUGGGAAGUGUAUCCAACUGAUUAAUCCAGCAAAACAUUUGAAGUUAAAAGGAUCUGUUUCAUGCAUUGGCUGUAUUGCUUUGGAUGCAAGUGAGAGCUGGUUGGCUUGCAGUAGUGGACGGAAUAUAUCACUUUGGAAUCUUCCUGCAUCAGAGUGUGUAUCAAAGAUUUCAACUCGUGCUUCUGUACAGGACAUGUUAUUUGACAAUAAUCAAAUUUUGACAGUUGGUGCCGAUCCUCUUCUCAAUCGCUUUGACAUGAAUGGUGCGAUCCUUUCACAAAUACAGUGUGCUCCACCAUCAGCUUUUUCUAUCUCCUUAAACCCAGCUGGGGUUAUGGCAGUUGGAGGUUAUGGAUGUCUUGUGGAUGUAAUCUCACAAUUUGGCAGCCACAUGUGCACAUUUCAUUGUCGAUGUAUUUAGUGAAGUUCACACUUAGUUUGAAAAUUCUGAAAUCUCAAGCCUAGGAGCUUGACACAAUUUUCAAGUCAAUGAUUGGCAAGCUUCGGGAUACAAUAGAGAAGCAAGGUCUGCCAAAGUUGUGUAUGGUUUUUUAUUUAGUAUACCGGGAUGUCUUACAAGUAUGCUAAUCUACUACAAUAUGUAGAUAAAGUUUUAUUGCUCCAUUUUAAUCCCUAAAUUUAAAAUUCGUAUUAGUUCUUGAAA